CUCUCUCUCUCAGCGGGCGGGGCAGGGCAGUGCGGGGCGCGAGGCGGCAAGCGGUGCGAGGGGUAACUGCUCUAUGUCUCGAUGUUCUAUGUUGUUCUCUGAGUGUUGUGCAUCGGUGUGCUGCCAUGCCCAGGUGUUUUAUGGCUAAGACGGGCCAGAGGGGGGAGGCCAAGGGCAGGUCCCCGUCUCCGCUAAAGUGGGCGCCCCUGAGCCCCACAGAGGGUCAGACGGCCCCCAGUCCCCCUCCCGCCCCGCUCAUCACCAGUUCCGGCAAGGUUGCAAUCCUGUACAAUGGGUAUGUGCAGGAGCCGGGCCGGCAGUAUGAGUUUCCACCGCCACGCUCGCUGCCGGUGUGGUCGCCGCUGCUGCCGCUGCGGCCAUCGCCCGUGUACGCCGAGCCGGUGUCGGUGGUACGGCACACCUCCUCCUACCUGUCGGCUCCGCGCACCGAGAGCGUCAUCGUGCCGCCCUCGGAGCGGCCGCCCGAGGACCUGGGCGCCGCGCACGCCAUCCUCGACCUGAGCACGGCGCGCGUGGACCGCCGGCCGCCGCCGCCGCCGCCGCUGCUGCACCACCACCCGGCGUACCCGCCGCCGCUGCCGCUGCCGCCGCCGCCGCACCACCACCGGCCCCGCUCUCCGCAGUACCCCCCUCCCCCGCCGCCGCCGCCGCCGUCACACUCACUCCCCCCGCAACAUCAUCAACAGCAUCAGGAGCAACAGUAUCAGCAUCAGCACCACCAACAGCAGUCACAUGGGGUUCAGCAGGAGCAGCAGCAGGGAGGCGCGACCUCACCAUCGUCCCCAGGAGGCGAUCCUUCUCAGCAGACGGUUCAGAUGGAGUACAUCAACGGUAAGCCCAUCUACCGGCUCAACAAUGGUAAGACGGUGGCGUAUACGUAUGAAGCGUUUUUUGUCAGUGACGGCCGCAGCAAGAAGACGACUUCGCCCGACCAGCGCUCCAAGUACAAAUGUUCCGAGUGCGGCAAGACGUACGCCACGUCGUCCAACCUGUCACGCCACAAGCAGACGCAUCGCAGCAUCGACUCGCAGGGCGCUAAGAAGUGCGCCACCUGCGGUAAGGCCUACGUCAGUAUGCCGGCGCUGGCCAUGCACGUGCUGACGCACCAGCUGUCGCACAAGUGCCACGUCUGCGGCAAGACGUUCUCGCGGCCGUGGCUGCUGCAGGGCCACCUUCGCUCGCACACGGGAGAGAAGCCGUACGGCUGCGCGCACUGCGGCAAGUCGUUCGCCGACCGCUCCAACCUGAGGGCGCACAUGCAGACCCACUCGUCCGUGAAGUCGUUCAACUGCAACCGCUGCGACAAGUCGUUUGCGCUGAAGUCGUACCUCAACAAACACUACGAGUCGUCCUGCUUCAAGGAGGACGCUUCGGUGGGCUCGCAGCCCCUGACGCCUCCCGACUCACCCAUCGACGUGGUAAACCCUUAGUCCACCGGUUAGAUGCAACCACAAGCCAUUCAGCACUACCGCCUUAUCAUGUGAUUCAAACUAUUCCAUAAGUCUCGCAACUUUAUUUACAUGCUUAGGUUGUUGUUUGAUGUUGCUGGGGGACAGAUCAGGAGUGUACAAAUUGAUGUAUUGAUAAGUGUACAUACACCGUAGUGAGGCCUAGGCAUGGAUGAUGAAUCUAGUCAGAGAAGUUUUGUCUAACUAGUCAGAUCAGGUAUAGGUAAUGUUAUUGAAUGUCCUCUUUGGAAGACAAGUGAAGGUUCCAUAAACAACGAAGUGUAUAAAGUGUGAUAGGUUGUAAUAAGCAAUAGAGAAGCAAUACUCAAAUGCCUCUACUGCUAAACCCCAGCCUAGAAAUACUCAAGUAGGAUAGGAGAGGGAUGGUGAUGCUGACUGGCAUUAUGUCCUCUCAGUUCUAUUACUCUUGUCAAUUUUCCUUUUUUGAUCUACUAUGCACUUCCUCGUUCCUCUAGUGGCACUUAUGAUAGCUACUUUAGAAGAUCUUCUUGCAUUCUUUUACACAACAGUAAUACUAGUGAUAUGCACAUAGAUUACACAUUACCAUUCCCAGUAAUAUUCUACGAACAAUAUGACAUAUAAACUAGCAGUUCCGUAACUAUAUCUUCAUGUGAAACCCAUAUACAUCUUAGGUUACAUGCAUUCAUUCUGCAAGUCAUGGGUAAAAUUUAAAGCUUUCUAUUCAACCGGUUGUAUUAUUUAUUGUAGCCAUUUCUUCGUGUUUUUAUAUUAAUUUGACAUUAUCAUUCUGACACAUCCUACAAACAGAUGUGUGCAUUGUGCAAGUAAUGUGUGCUUUUUGUUUACUUAUGCAUUAUACAUAAUUGUCAAAUGUCAUUCGACGUCACUUGCUCAUGAUCUCUGAUGGCUGUUAUUUGUGUUGAUUUAUACGGGUACAAUUAUUUAUCUUGAAUAUGAGUUCCAGAGCAAAUAUCGGCUUUCACAGGCCGCGAGAGCCACCACCAUGCUAGCAGAAGCCCGCCCUAGCUACCCCAGUCCCGAGUCCGGUCCUCACGGCAGUCUCCUCACCACCCCCAGCCGCACGUAGACAGGCGCCAGCGGCGGGCCCGCUAUCGGCGCUCCCCAGAUCGUUCUAGGAUACCGUCCUGUCUGUCCUUAGGUGGCCAGCCAGUAGCCAGCUCUCUAGAUUAGCCGUGUUCGUUCGUGGUGACGAUGGGUGCGCGUUGCGCCAAAUAACGAGUAUUCACAAGCAAUAAAAUGUAGCGUGGACCGUUUGCAAAUGCCACGUUUGCAUGUUCUCGCCAGCUAUGCCACCUCAGACGUGUCGGUAGGGAAAAAUUCGUGUUCAACAGCCGGAUUUGCUUUCGUGUCGUGCUGGGAUGUUAUAAACCAUUCUUAAGUCGCCCGCUGGCCGCCGCACGACGGUGGCCAGACCCCCAAUGCUCCCUAAUGCAGAAAUGUGUUUCGUUCGUGUGACUCAGCAGUAUAGUUUCAUGGCAUAGCUGAGUUUUCCAAAAAUCCUAAUUUGAAUCUUUUUGAAGCUCCAACGAAUCUGAUUCAUGAGUCCAAUUUACUCGUUAUAUGCAGACGGCUCAUGUCUGAGGUGGUUUUUACUGGCUAGCGGCUCAUGCAGGAACGAAUAAGGCUACUAUGCAAGGUCUGAAUAGAAGCAAUAGAACAUAGCAAUAUAUUUAAUAUCGUAUCUUGAUCGUGGUUUGCAGUGUGUUGAAUGUGAGCGAUGAAGUAUUGGUGUGUAUGUUAGUGCUGUAUUUGAAUCAUCGUGUUGAGCGUUGUGUUGUUCGUCAGCCCGCCUAGCAAAGCCCGCUGCCCCACGCGAAUAGCAAUUGUAGCAAUAACACAGUGAUCUUGUCUCCUGGAAAUGUUCGGCUAUAGUCGAGGCGACUUAGAGCCUACGACUGCUCAAUAGUUUGCUGACUUGUAUGUGAGAGCGAGUGACGAGUGCGCUUCUUCAAAUGUUAAUGAAUGCAAAUAAUUAGGCUAGUUCAUUCUUGGAAACAUUCCAUUGGUCGAUUUUCUAUUUAUUUUCCUAAUAAACAAAAAAUGAAAAA